CUGAAUGAGCAGCUGUGUGUACACUUCUGUCCAACAGGGCCUUCAUACUGCAGAAACAGCGGCGAAGGGAAUAAAAGACGUCUUAAUUCUACAUGUUAUUAACACGGGCAGGUAAUCGUGAAAAAUGGAGGGAGGAAAUUUUGGCUACUCCCGAGACUAUCUGGACCGCUUCAUCCAGAGCCAGGACUCAUCCGUGGUGAACAAGUUCCAGCAGAAAUACUGGAAAACCAAACAGACGCUCAUCAAGGUGACCGGGAAGAAAGAGGAUGAACAUGUGGUGGCAUCAGAUGCAGAUCUGGAUGCUAAGCUGGAGGUUUUUCACUCCAUCCAGAGAACAUGCAUGGAGUUGCUAAAGGUCAUCGAGCUGUACCAGAGGAGGAUCUGCUUUCUGUCUCAAGAGGAGAACGAGCUGGGUCGUUUCCUGCGCUCACAGGGCUCCCAGGAUAAAACCAGGGCGGGAAAAAUCAUGCAGGCAACCGGGAAAGCUCUCUGCUUCUCCUCCCAACAGAGAAUGGCUCUCAGGAACCCACUGUGCCGGCUGUACCAGGAGGUUGAAACAUUUCGCUAUCGAGCCAUCUCAGACACGUGGCUGACGGUGAAUCGUAUGGAGCAGUCCAGGACUGAAUACCGUGGAGCGCUGCUCUGGAUGAAGGACGUAUCUCAAGAGCUAGAUCCAGACACUCAUAAACAGAUGGAGAAAUUUCGCAAGGUUCAAGCCCAGGUGCGCACCACCAAAACAAGCUUUGACAAACUGAAGAAUGACGUGUGCCAGAAAGUCGACCUGCUUGGAGCCAGCCGCUGCAACCUCCUAUCUCAUGUUUUAACCACAUACCAGACGACACUUUUGCACUGCUGGGAGAAGACGUCUCACACUAUGGCAGCCAUUCAUGAGAGCUUUAAGGGCUGUCAGCAUUAUGAGAUCUCCUCACACAAGACCUCAAAAGACCCCUCAGACAAGCAGGCCAAGAAGAAAGGGAAGAAGAAAACCAAAGCAGAAAAAGAAGAAGAUGGAAAGAAAGCUGAUAGCACAGACGACCAGCUCAUCUCAUUAAACGAAAACAGCAGCGAUAAAACCAGAGAAGGAGAAGCAGAUCACACGACCUAUCAAGAUGUGGAUGGAGAGGAGAAGGACAGCAUGGCUUUACUAAAUGAGAUCUUGGGCAGCAUGUCAGUAGACGAGGGUGACUUCUCUCGAGAAUGGACAGAAGUUUUCGGAGACAAAGAUGAGGGAAUGAGUGCAGCGUCGGGUAAACCAGUCGAGGCGGAGCAAAAAGAAGACUCCUACUUCCUACCCUCUCAGCUGCUGGACCAGAGCUUAAAUAAUCUGCAGUCUUCCAACUCAGAUUGGGCUGGGAUCACUCCGCAGCCCGUCGCCCAGGCAACCGAGCACUCAUCUGGAGCCAAUCAGAACCCUUCUAAGCCAGCAGUGAAAGAGACAGCAGCCGGGACAUCCAAAGACCUCUCUGCGUGGUUCAACCUGUUUGCAGACUUGGACCCGCUCUCCAAUCCUGAUGCAGUCGGAAAAACUGACAAAGAUCAUGAACUUCACAAUGCAUAGUUCUUCCUCAGCGUCAGAGUGAUCCAAAAUGGGAACAUUGAUAGGAAAAUACAGCAGAAUAUACAGGUGCAACUCAAGAGUACUGUUAGAAAGACAAAUUUUCUUCUAAUUUAAUACAUAAAGUUAUUCCUUCAUGCAAUCUAGAUUCAAUGCGGAAAAAAUGUAAUAUUUCAAGCCCUUUUUUGGUUAUAUUUUGGUGAUUGAGGCUCAUGAAAAUCAAACAUCUAGUACCUCAAAAUAUUAGAAUAUCACAUAAGAUCAAUUAAAAAGGACUUAUAAUACAGAAACAUCAACCUUGUAAAAAGGUCAGGGCUCCACACUACUGCAUCAGUGUGAUGUGGCAUGGAGGCGAUCAGCCUAUGGCACUGCUGAGGCAUUGUGAAAUAUAGCACAUCUUGCAUAUGGCCUGUCUGUUGUCCAGCUUGCCUCAGUCUUUUUAGUUUUUGAAUCCAAAAUGCUGCCAAACUUCACCUUCUUAGUUUCAGUGGAUCAGAGCUGAGAGGUUCUGCCAUGUUUUUUUUAAAAGCAGAGAUUAAUCACUUGUAGCGAGUCAAGUUAAAUGUCUUGUGGUUAAAUUAAAAAAAAAAAAAUCAAAAAUAACUAAAAUAGAUAUAUAAAGUAUAAAGAUACAUUAAUUAUUGUUUUUGUACUGUGCAAGUCAGCCCGGUCUGUUGCAGCUACCGUAAUAACUCUCUCCUCAGUCACCUUUAAAGUGUGACUUAUCGAGCUGGAAAUGCAAAGGUUUAUGGACAGCCUGAGAGGCAUUCAGCAAAUAUACAAAAUAAAAUGAUUGGGCAUAAGUCUAAUUGCAGUGCAGGCUUUAAGAGAUUUUUUAACCCAGUCCUUCUUGACACUGUUCAUUUAUCUGUGUCUCAAAUACUCGUGCAAUGCAGAUCUUGCCAAUCUAUUCUGUGUUUUAAAUGCUCCUGUGCAGCACAUUGGUACAAGCCCUGUUUGCUUUAGAAGUGCUUUAUAAAUAAAGUUGACCUUGACUUUUCAGGUGGCUGGCAUAUCUGUAUCAUAAAUCCUUUUCCAUUUGUCUUUUGUAAUAAUUUGAUUUUCAUGAGAUGCAACAGUAAUUAUCAAAAUUAGAAUAAAAUUAAAAAGGCUUGAAAUAUUUCGCUCUAUGUGUAAUGAAUCUAAAGUGUAUAAAAGUGUAACUUUUUUUAUUUGAAUAAGAGACAAAAUAAAGCUUUUCCUGUACACUUAUUUUUAGAGAUGCACCUGGAGCUGCCACUAGACCAGAGAAAAAAUCUGAUCAGCAAAACUCACACAGUUGUCAUCACUCACACCAGAAAAAAAUAGACCAGUGAUAAACAAAAAAUGAGUCAGCUUCUGUUUUUUAAAUCUGUUAUUUCUAGUGAUAGAGGAGGUUCUCUCAGAUCUAUUGAAUGAAAGUCUUAAAACCAGAGUAGACGAACAAUGCUGCAAGAAAAAAGCCAUUCAUUCAAUACUUUACUAAAUUAAUGCGACCCACCCAGCUGAAUUAUUUUAAUCAAAAAAUUUUGAGUAUUUGAUGGCAAGCAAUGAUGGAUUUUAAGUGUUUAUUAAUUUAAUUGUCCAGUUAGCUAUAUUAAUGUUUAAAUAACCACUAAUUAGCUUCUUUAAUUUCACCCAGGGGAAUGACAGAUACUUAUCAAGUAAAUAAAGAGGGGUGAUACAUUAAGUAUUUACCUUCAAAACAUGGUGGUCACUGAUAAUUAAUUAGCAAAAGAUCUGAUAAAGUACAAGAAUUGAAGUGAAUCUGCUGAAGUACUCUGCAAAAACUCAAAUCUGACUAACUUUAUCUGUCUUAUUUCUAGUCAAAGAUUUCUCAUUAGCCUCAUUUUGAGCCACAUUAGCUUGACAAGUCCAGAAUUCUUGGGGUAUAACCUCAAAAAGAAGUUCUGUAUUGCUUCUAGAAUUUGUUUUUUUGACUUGUUGGGUGUCUUGCAAUAAGAAAUCUGUAUUUACAUUAGUGAGUACAUGUCAUUUCACAGUUCUCCAUGCCAUUUUGACAGUUCUUUUUUCACUGUUUUAAGUGACAAAGCUUUAAAUGAUUUUUAUAGUUUGAGAAAAAAAAAGUUUUUCUUGGCUUUCAGGUAAAAAGUGGCAUAUAAUAAAUGUUCUGAAACAUUUUUGACUAGAAAUAAGAUCUAAAAAAAAAAUAAAGCACUCAAGUAUGUUUAUGUAGUUGCUUACCUUUACUAACAGUCAGUUGCACUACUCAUUUAGAAGCCUAAAGCCAAAAUUUGUUAAAUUACCUUGUCAAACUCUGAAGAUUUUUUUAAAUUAUCAUAAAAAGGGUAAAAUGAAGUGUAGGACUAUUGAAACAAUAUAAAAUCAACUCUACAGGAUUGCUCAGCUACAUACAUGUUGAUUGAAACUACACCUUGUCCUCUGCAUUUCAGCUAUUUUGUUUUAUAAAAUAUUUCAAAUCAAGGAUAAACUUAUUCAACAGCCAACAGCAGACAUGUUUUAGUUUUAAUGUACAAAGAAACCUUAACUCUAAAGUUGGUCUUUAAUUUAUUAUUUAGUUUAUUGGAAAAUAAAACACAUUCACUGAACAAUCUAAACUUAUGGAAAUCUAAUAAGCUGUCUCACUGAUUUAAGAGACAAAAGAGUUCAAACCACUGAUAGUCAACCAUUACAUACUCUUUAUGUCUGAACCAGUAAGAACAGGAUGAGAGAGAUGUUUCUUAUCAUGGAAAAGAAAAAAGGUUUUUAACAUCAGAAAUGCUGUUAUUUGAUCAUGUUUUAUCUUAUGGUGACAGUAUGAGAACACACCAAAAACUACAGAUACCAGACAAUGUCCGUUAGGAGAAAGUUGAGACAUUUGCAAAAUAAGCUUUUAAAGCCUGUUGGCUGCUUUGCUGGAAUAAAUGUUAAGUACGGACAACUCCUUUGAGUUUAGAACAAGACGCCUUCAACAAACGCUGCCUUUAAAAUCUGUAGUCUCCAGUAGCAUUAAUGCUUUAACCCUGAGUUUAAUUAGUGAUGAUUAUUAACAAGUAAAACUACUUUAUAAGAUAUAAACAGAAGAGGAAAAAGAAACAGGAAAAAUCAUAAUAUAAUAAUUCAUGUGCAGCAAUGGAAAAAAUCUUACAUUUCAAAGGGAGUAAAACUAUCAGAGUUCAGGAACUAUUUCAUUUAAAAGUUGAAAGGUUACCUGAUCAUCCCGAUCUUUUUAAUUCAUGAGGAAAGUUUUUGUGAUUGAUUUGUGCUUUUAAAUUUGUUUGCUCCAUGCUGUAUUUUUUGUAUCAUUUAUUCAGAUUUUUUAAAACUAAAAAUAUACAUAUCAAUGCAUGUUGCAUGCCUUGCUUUAUGUCAUCAAAAGUGUUUUUGAAUGAACACUGUGUUUUUAUUGUUGUAGGGUUUUGCAUUUAAGUACAUCUUUUGCACAUUUAUUGAGCUCUUUUGUUGAUUUCAAUGGACAAUCUUUGACAUAUUUGUGUACUAUUUUAGGGAUGCACAAUAUCAUAGGUAUUGUAUCUAUAUUGGCAGAUAUUAGCUUAGGAAGCCAAUAAUCAGAUUGUCAGAAAUGAAAAUUCCUGCAGAUAUUUACAACAGAAAUAUCAACUGUAAAUAUCAGCUGUUCAUACAAAUAAGUGUUGAUUUUAAGGCAGGACUGAAGUCUUUUUAAAUAUUUUUUUCCUAAACUUUAAAAGACUGAAGUUUUAGGUCUAAACCACAUUAAUAAACUGGUAUUGAUCUUGGUAUCGCCUACAAAUGAAUCCGAAAAUAUCAGCAUAUCAGCAAACCUAUAAUAUUGUGCAUCUCUAGUGAUAUUCUCAGAGCAAAACUUCCUGAAAGAUUAUCAUGAAAAUGCUGUCAUACUGUACUGGUUAUGACUCCCAUGCUGCAAAAUCAAAUAUAUAAAUAAAUGCCUUAAUCUGAUCACAUUUAAAUAUAUAGAACCUCAUCAUAACUAAUAUUUGAUUUAUCAAACUCUAUAUUAAAACUGAAUUUUCAAUCAUUUGGUUGUAUUUAACCAUUUCUGUGUGUGUCAUGUGUCAUGUGCCAUUUGUCAAUGUCUGAUCAUAACCAAAUACAUUGAUUGCCUUACCUCCUAUGUGCACAUAAAUGUCAUGCUCCUACAUGUAAAUACUGAUAUUAUGAAUUGAUGUGUCUGCCUUUGAAAAGAUUAAAUACAAAGUAAGUUUU